AUGAUAUCAAGGUUACUCGGCGUUGUCCGCACUGCUGCUGCAAUCAAACUCGACAAUAGUAGCGUCAAGAUUUCUUUUUCAUUCUUACAAGAAAAAGAAAAAGAUUUUUCUUUGUAUUAUAUUUAUUCGUUUCUUUCUGCACUUGCUCAACAUAAAGAAACACAAUGGCUACGCAACAGGACCAUUUGUCAUUUCAUUUCAUUUCUAUCUAUCUAUCUAUCUAUCUAUCUAUCUAUCUAUCUCACGGAAAUAAAAGAAAAAUGGAAUAUUUUCUCUCUCUUUUCGUCACCCCUUCUUUUCUUCUUGUCUCUUUUUUCACAAAUCUCUUCAUAUUUCUUUUCUUUGCAUCAUUUUAUAAAUUUCCUUUCUCUCGCCGAUUUAGCCCGAGCGCUGAGGUCUAUAAACUCUCUCUCUCUCUCUCUCUCUCUCAUGUCCAUUCCAAUUAAAGAUUUAAAUUUCAUAAUUCUACGUCUCAUUAUAUCAAUAAUUUUCACCCUAUCUAUCUAUCUAUCUAUCUAUCUAUCUAUCUAUCUAUCCCAGGCUGUUUAUACCUAUCUACUUCAGGCUGUUCAUAUUGAUCUAGAAGUUUUUUAUCUAUCUAUCUAUCUAUCUAUCUAUCUAUCUAUCUAUCUAUCUAUCUAUCUAUCCCAGGCUGUUUAUACCUAUCUACUUCAGGCUGUUCAUAUUGAUCUAGAAGUUUUAUCUAUCUAUCUAUCUAUCUAUCUAUCUAUCUAUCUAUCUAUCUAUCUCAGGCUUUUCAUAUUUAAUAUCUAUUCGUCCCGAUUCUUUUCGUGA